AUUAUUCAGCAUCACCUAGAAGCAUCGCACCAGCUCGAGUGCGCCCAUGUGCUGGGGAUUAAACUUACUUUUUAUUUAUUAUUAUUUAUUAUAAAAGGAUUUUAACUGAAGUCGAACCCGAGAUUAAUCGGAACACGGAUAUUAUAUGUUUUUUCACACUUUGCAUCUGUCUGGAAUAAUUCAGUUAAUUUUUCAGAUCACCUGUGCUGCUUCUUUGUGAUAUUUUUAAACGCCAUUAAGCGAAAUUUUGUGUGUGUUCAUAACUGAAGUGAGUGUCGACAUGUGGACCUUUCUUGGUAUUGCGAGUUUUACAUAUAUCUAUAAGAAAUGCGACGCGCUGCUGAGCUCCGCGUCUACAGAGCUGCUGGUGGCCGCGGUGCUGUGCGUGUCUGCCGGGCUCAUCAUCACCUGUCUCUCCCUCCGCGGACAGACUUUCAAAGCGCCUCAGUUUCUACAAAUGCCUUUCCAACUCUUGAUGACAUUUUCUCCCACCAAAAAACUCUUCUCCGCGUCCAGCACUGAUAGUUGUAGUCGCUCUUCUAAGAAGAGAGAUGUAAAGCGAAAGAGGGCGACGGACAGUCAGUGCAGUCCGACUGAGGAUCCGGAGGUCAUCAUAGUGGGCGCUGGGGUGCUGGGAUCAGCCAUGGCUGCUGUUCUGGCCCGGGAUGGACGGCGGGUCAUCGUGGUGGAGAGGGACAUGAAAGAACCAGACCGGAUAGUUGGAGAACUUCUGCAGCCGGGAGGAUUUCGGGUACUCAAAGACCUUGGCCUGGAGGGUGCUGUUGAGGGUCUGGAUGCUCAUGUGGUGAACGGUUAUGUAAUUCAUGAUAUGGAAAGCAGGACAGAGGUGGAGAUCCCGUAUCCCCAGCAGGAGAACUGCAUUCAGGGUGGACGUGCUUUCCAUCAUGGACGCUUCAUCAUGGGGUUGCGUCGAGCUGCACUCGCUGAGCCUAAUGUGAAGUUUGUGGAGGGAACAGUGACCAGCCUGGAGGAAGAGGACGGCUGUGUGACAGGAAUUCAGUACAGGGAGAAAGACACCGGGAUGGUCAAGGAGAUUCGCGCUCCUCUGACUGUAGUCGCAGACGGCUGUUUCUCCAAGUUCAGGAAGAAUCUGGUUUCUGGGAAAGUUCAAGUGUCAUCUCACUUUGUUGGAUGUAUAAUGAAGGACUCCCCGCAAUUUAAAGCCCACCAUGCGGAGCUGGUUCUAGCUGAUCCCAGUCCAGUGCUGAUCUACCAGAUCUCCUCCAAUGAAACUCGUGUUCUGGUAGACAUCAGAGGAGAGAUGCCUCGAGACCUCAUGCAGUACAUGACUGACAAAAUCUACCCACAGCUACCAGAACACUUAAAGGAGCCGUUCAUGCUGUCACUGCAGAACGACCGGUUGAGAACGAUGCCUGCCAGCUUCCUGCCACCCGCACCGGUCAAUAAACAAGGGGUUCUGCUGUUAGGAGAUGCGUAUAACAUGCGUCAUCCUCUAACCGGUGGAGGCAUGAGUGUUGUGCUGAAUGACGUCUACAUCUGGAGAGACCUGCUCAAGAACAUUCCUGACCUUUAUGACAAUACAGCUGUGCUCCAGGCGAAGAAAAAAUUCCACUGGGAGCGGAAAUCCUCUCACUCAUUUGUGGUGAACGUUUUGGCUCAAGCGUUAUACGAGCUGUUCGCUGCGACUGACAAAUCCCUGCAUCAGUUACGAAAAGCAUGCUUUCACUAUUUCAAGCUCGGUGGAGAAUGCAUCAAUGGACCAAUCGGGCUCCUGUCUGUAUUGUCACCAAAACCCUUGACUCUGAUUGGACACUUUUUCGCGGUGGCCCUGUAUGCUAUAUACUUCAGCUUCAAGUCUGAAUCCUGGCUCACAAUACCACGAGCACUAGUCAACAGCGCAGCCAUCCUGUACAGAGCCUGUGCAGUCAUGUUUCCUCUCAUAUACUCGGAGUUACAGUACCUGGUUUACUAGAAAAAGAGACUGCUUUUAAAUUUGCUGUGACACAUCUGCCUUUAGUGCUUACAUCCAAGUGCCUCAUUUACUUUGAGGGGAAAAAAAAGGGAUUCAUGUCAGAUAAAACACUAUAAAAGGAGCAGGUCUCGGAUGAGGGAGUUCUUCAGUGUUUAAUAUUAAUCUGUCUUAUAUUUGCUUACUAAUGAUGUAAGAAUCUGCCUUCAGCCCUGCGAUUAAAGGAGGAAAAAUACUUUGCUUUAUUUUUAAAGUCAGCUAUUAAAUUGUGUUACAAUUAUUUCUUCUGCAGCGUGACAUUUCACUGAGUAAUUGGGCCAGAAAUGCAUGUUUUUAAUGCAUUGCUGAGUACAAACUAAGUUAUUGCAUCAGUUCAGAAUGAUUCAAACCACUAGACUGCUGGACUGUUAAAUUUAUGUAGAUUGUUUUCAAGAGACUAAGGACAAUCAGUAGGACCGCAUCUCAUUUGUAGCAUGUUUUUCACAUCCUUAUUACCGUUUCAGACUUUUGUCAUGAUUUUCACAUGGGGCCUUCCGUUAUUUUUUGCCUGUCUCUUUUAAUUACGUUAAAUUUUGUUGCCAUCACAAAAAGGAAGCAGACAAGAGCUUUAAUUUGAAGAUUUAAUUGGGUUUUGUUUUACUCAUUCAACCAUGAGCUUGCGAUUUAAUGAAUUCAUUUGUAUUUGAAUGCAUUUCUGUCUCUGUGUAGCCAUUCGAUGAACUAUUUUCAUACAAUUUGUCUUUUUGUAUAUAUAUUUUUGGUCUUGCAUAUGGAUUGAAAUAAAGUUGAAACACAACAACA